AUGCUUGGCGCCUCUAGCGCUUACCAGGCAGUGGCAGGCACUAUCUCUGAUGAAAUUCUGCCUUUGGCUGUGCAUGCCCAGUAUCGGUGUAUCGCUCCAUGGCAUUCAGGACUUGCGGGCAAGUACCACGAGGCGCAUACUGAAUACCGAUCUUAUCCUGAUAUGUCUUCCCUAUCGAUCUCCGACCUGACGAAGUUGCAGACGGUCAAGUACGUCAAUUUGGGCAGUCUUGCAAUCCUCGCAUUUGAUGUUUGCAUUACGUUUUCCGAAGAGGUCGAAGAAAUAUUUGUGCGAUGGACCUGGUUCAGACCAUGGGAUGUAAUUCGUGUCAUAUUUGUCAUUUCUCGAUAUUUACCUUUCGCGGGUGUCGGAAUGAUUGCAUAUGGCGAGUGA